ACCUGCUAGGGGUGGUCCCAUAUUCAAUACAUACGUACUCCUAUGUACUACUAGAAUGUACAAAAGUAGAAAUACAGUACUCAGUACGGUACUCGUACUUCUGCAUCAGAAACCCAAAAAAGUGCUAGUACGUACGUACAGUACUAGUUGAAACCGGUAAUCGGAGGAAAUAGUACCGUACGGUACGAAUUCGUACUGUAGUUUGAUGGGAGAUUCCUUUUUCCUUCCCUGUACUUUUCGUACGCACUUCGCCAGACUCAUCGGCAUUUGUCAUCGUUUCGAUAGUCUUCAGUUCAAGAAGGUUCGUCCAACGGUCCACAAACAUACCAUACGAAGUACCUCACCAAGCAACYAUGAAUACCACGGUGGAAGAUAGCGGCCAUAGCGAAGCGGCACUGGCAAAUGCCAAAGACGACUUCAAAGAACACAUGGAGGGAAUGGCAGAAGCAGCAGCAGCAAUGAAAUUGCGGCCUCUCAUCGUGAAGGCAUACCCAAUGGACGAUCCCAACGCCCCGUCCAUCGAGAAGGGCAACGUAAAGCAUGUUCAUUUCCUCCGGCACGGACAAGGAUUUCAUAAUCUCAUGGCAGAUUUGGCGAAGCAAGAGGGAAGAACUUGGGAAAACUGCACCAACACCCCGGAAAACCCUUAUGUCAUGCCCGAAAUCACGGAUGCUCCCUUGACGAACAAAGGACGCCAACAGGCAGCUUUGAUUCAGCCGGUCAUCAAGGGACUCGAUGCCACGAAAAAGCCACAGCUCGUUGCAUUGUCGCCAAACUGCAGAGCUCUACAGACCGGUGUCAUUGCCUUCCGAGAACUCAUCGGGAAGGUUCCGUUCUUGGCCCACGAAAUGGCCCGGGAAGAGACUGGAGUUCACGUUUGCGACAAACGACGUCCAACUUCGGAACAAGCGGRUGAAUUCCCAAUGGUCGAUUUUUCGCUCAUGACAGAAGAAGAAGACGUGUUCUUCCGAUCCGAUCGAAGAGAGACCAAGAUGGAGCUCGUGGACCGGAUCUACAAAUUCAUGGAGUGGCUGGAAUCGCGAGACGAAAGAAUCGUCGGAGUUUCGAGUCAUUCGGCUUGGCUACUAGCUGUAUUCAACGCCGSCAUGGAUGCGGAAGAAAGCUUGAAGGGUUGGUUUCAGACUGGAGAGAUGCGGAGUGCUGUUUUGGAAUUCGUUCGUUCGUGAUCGAUGGAAUUAAUACGUUGGGGCACA